UCUCUCGCUGGGGGUGCGGGUGGCUGGGUGGGUCUGGGAGGUGGAGUAACUGGAGUAAGCUAGUACACUGGGGUAAGUAGAGUACACUGGGGUAAGUAUAGCGAGUGUGCAGUUGAAGUGUAGGAGGGAGAACUCUCGGACUGUAGUCAUGGCUGCAGCUCUGCGAGUUUGUCACUUUCCUGCAGCACUGAGGGCCGGGUGGAGGUCCAGCCACAGCACCGCGCUCAAACCCCACUACGACGCGCUCAUAAUCGGUGGAGGACACAAUGGAUUGAUUGCUUCUGCAUAUCUGCAGAAAGGAGGCUUAAAAACAGCGGUUCUAGAGCGCAGAAGUGUCCUUGGUGGAGCUGCAGUGACUGAAGAAAUAAUUCCAGGCUUCCAUUUUUCCCGGGCUUCCUAUCUCCUCAGCUUACUACGUCCUCACAUAUAUCAGGAUCUGCAGCUUAAGAAACAUGGGCUGAAGGUAUACAUGAGGGAUCCCCAUGCAUUCACUCCCAUGCUGGAGGACGGGGUCAGGGGGCAGCCUCCUCGCUCUCUUUUACUUGGCAACAAUAUGGCAAGGAAUCAGAAAGAAAUUGGAAAAUUCUCAGAGAAAGAUGCAAAGGCUUACCCUGACUAUGUUGCCCAUUUGGAGAAGUUGGCCAGUGCAAUUCACCCACUUCUUGAUGCACCACCUGUUGACAUUCCAGGUGUUAUUGAGGGGUCCUUGAGGAAAAGAAUGGCUGCAUUGAAAAGUUUGAAACCCCUAGUAAAAUCUGGACUGAAACUAGGAAAAAACAUUCCAGACUUUUAUGAACUACUAACAGCUCCAGCAGUGAAGGUUCUAAAUCAGUGGUUUGAGUCUGAGCCGCUGCAAGCAACAUUAGCCACUGACUCUGUGAUAGGAGCAAAUAUAAGCCCCAACAACCCGGGUAGUGGGUAUGUCCUCUUACACCACAUAAUGGGUGAGCUUGAAAAGGAGAUGGGGGCAUGGGGUUAUGUGGAAGGGGGCAUGGGUGGUGUCUCCAAGUCCAUUGUUAACUCUGCACACUCACUAGGAGCAGAUAUCUUCACUGAACGGGAGGUUCGCCAAGUUUUGAUUGGACCAGAUCAUAUGGCCAAGGGUGUUGUGCUAAAAGAUGGUACUGAAGUUCACAGUAAGGUGGUUUUAUCCAAUGCUACUCCCUAUGUAACCUUCAAGCAUCUUACUCCACAGGAUGCCCUUCCUCUGAAGUUUAUAAAAGCUAUUGAUCGAAUUGAUUAUACCUCACCUGUCACCAAAAUUAAUGUUGCUGUGGACAAACUGCCAAAUUUCUUGGCUGCCCCUAAUACUGCUGAUGGAAAGCCAGGGCCACACCACCAGUGUUCCAUUCACCUGAACUGUGAGAGUGUGGAGAUAUUAGAGGCAGCAUAUAGAGAGGGUCAGCAAGGACGUCCAUCAUCAAGGCCUAUGAUCGAGAUGACUAUACCAUCUGUGCUGGACCCCACACUCGCCCCACCUGGCUGUCAUGUAGUGUCCUUUUUCACACAGUUUACACCUUACUGGCUGGAAGGAGGAAGAGCAUGGACAAAUGAGGACAGGGACAAUUAUGCAAAUACAGUCUUUGACAGUGUUGAACAGUAUGCUCCUGGAUUUAAGCAGUCAGUAGUUGGAAAGGAUAUUUUGACACCUUCUGAUUUGGAGAGGGAAUUCUGUCUCACUGGAGGGAACAUUUUCCAUGGGGCAAUGUCAUUGGAUCAGCUUUACUUAGCAAGACCUUUGCCCUCGAUUGCACACUACCGCACACCAGUCAAAGGCCUGUAUCUGUGUGGCAGUGGCAGUCAUCCAGGUGGGGGUGUUAUGGGUGCUUCUGGAUGGAAUGCUGCCUUGACUGUACUGGCUGACUUUAAACAUUGAUGAAGAGUCAGCUGCGUCUGACACACAUGGAGUUUCACACAACAAAAAAAAAAGUUAUAGCUGUCUGUGAUUCCCAAUUAAAUAAACCAUUUUAAACCCAGACAGCAAAAAACUAGCCCUCAGAUCAUCCAUAGAAGGUCUUUAAAACUCAAAGCUCCUUAAGAGGUCUUCAUUAAAAUAAGAUAUUACUAAUUAGUUUGUCUCCUCUAAGGAUGACUAGUUUGUAUGUCUUCUGGUGAUGUCCUGCAGUCCUGCUUGUGCAGUAUUCCUUUAAUUUGAUUAAAAAAAUUCUUAAUAAUAAUUAUAACAAUAAUAAUAAUGAUGAUGACAGUGUUUUGUCACAUAUUUUGGUAGUUCAGUGAUUAUUAGUAAGUAUUAGGCUACUAGUCAGAAUGUUCCAUGUUUAAACUACUGCACUACCAAGCUCCAACUGUUGGGACCUUGAGCAAGGUCUUUAACCUUUACCUGCUUAUACUGCUUAUACUGUGCUAUAUGUAUAAUGAGAUAAAAAAGCUGCUCUGGAGGCAAAUGCAGUAAAUGUCCCAUUACAUCUCACACAUGCACUCCUAAAAGGUCUACUUUUACUCCAUUCAACUGCAUGACCAACUUCUGGCUAUUAAAUAAUAUUUUAAAAAGGUAUUUUUCUUAAUGCAGAUUCAUUCUGAUCAUUUUGUUAAAUGAGUUAGACUUCUUUCUGGAAUUAAGUGUUAAAAAUUGUCCAUAAUAUAUGGACAGUUUUUCUAUCUUACAAGAUUUAAAAAAUCAAAGCAGUUACAGUAGGUAAUGUUCAAAAUAUGCCGCAUCAUCACCAAAUUUGAUAAAAUAAGAUAUACUGUACAAUAUAUCCUUGACACAUUAUGUGAUCUUUCUGAAGUGAACCUUCAGAAAGAUCACAUAAUGUGUCAAUUCCAACACAAAUGAUGGAGAAAAAGUUUUUAUUUAUACUUAUUUUAUUUAUUUUUCAAAUUUAUAUUUAAAGAUUAUUUAAAUAACCGUUUGGAAAGUCAGAAAAAAAAUCCUUAUAUUUGAGGCACCCUAAAUAUACAGUACUGUACAUUUAAAACAUUUUUUGAUUAGCUACAUAUCCAAGAGCUAUAAUAACAACAAUAAUAAUAUAGGGGAGAAAGUACAUUGUACGUGAAUUAUAAUGUGCUUGUAGCAUACUGAAUUAAGAUACAUGUUCUUAUGUAUACAUCUGACAAAUUCAUUUAUAGAAUUGUAAGUUAUUGUCACUGUUGUAGUAUAGUUAAAUUUAAUAAGAGGG